AUGGACGAAUCAGUAGCUCUUAAGAAGAUUAAUGAGACGUUCAGAAAUGAGGAGGAUCUACAAAGAAUUAUCAGUUUCCGCGAGGAUUGCAUACGGGAGAAACAUCUCAUUGAUUCCCAAUUGAAGAUUGAAUCACAACAAGAACUGGAACACUCCCUCAAAGUGCUAAAUGAGCUGAGACUAGCAAAUCUGAACUUUAAGGAUCUGAGAGACAAUAUUGCCAAGAUAAAUGUGAUGAAGAAUGACUCGUUUCAGUCAAUUGCCAACUAUGACCUGAUAGAACGUUCAGCCAACGUGUAUGAGUUCUUUGAGAAGAUGGAAAACAUAUACGACCAAUUUUCUACGUUUUCACAAACUCAACAGGAAUUGGAGCGUUUGAUUGACUUGGAAACUGCCGAAGAGAUCCAAGUGGAUUCUCCUGUUACGAGUCUGUUGGUGAUCCAUUACCGUUUGAACCAACUUCGUGAUUUGAGAGACGAACUCACAUUGAUGUCUGAAAAGUCGAAAGAUGACACGAAGGCGGUAUUAAAGAGGCUUUUCAGCACACUGGAUCCUUUGGUUGCGCGAUUUGAUGUCUUUUUGCAAGAGAUCACCACAUGUCUGAUUGAGUCCAUGAAGGAGGGUAAUUUCUCUUUGAUCAUUCGUCUUGUGAAGAUCAUAGAUUUCGAGGAGAGAGAAGACCUGAAACUUACAAUUUUCCAGAGUUUGCUUGAGAAGAACCAAGAGUCCUUUGGAGGGGAUUCCGGUAGAAAAGAUACCGACAAAGACAGUAGGAUGAUGAAAUCCAGCAUCAAAAGAACAAAGGUUAGAGGCUAUAAGAACUUGUUUUUUGACUGGAUCCAAAGCUUGAUUUCUGAAGUCUUUGACAAUUGCAUAGAGACCUUCCAAGAUAACCCUUUUGAAGUUCUUGAGAACUUGGACUGGGUGUUUCAGGAUCUCAAGGUCGUCCAAGAGUCAGAGUCUUUGUGCUUCCCUCAACGAUGGGGGAUGUUCAAGCAGAUACGCAUUCUGUAUCAAGCUAAUCUUCAACGAGUGAUCACCAAUUUGUUGAAUUAUAACCCAGAAACCUACAUCAUUAUACAAAUUCUACAGUUUGACGACAAAUACAGGUCCAUAAUGAGGUCAGAGUUUGGAUUGCUGAACAGAGACAUUGGGUCUUCGAUCGGAGAAGAGACUAAGGAGCAACUGCUUGAUGAUUACUUGAAAAUGAUGAAGGGAAAGAUGUCUGAGUGGAUAAAUAGAGUGGAGGAAACAGAAAGGGAUGUUUUCACCAAGAGGGAAACCGCACCCCAAGUUCAUCCCAACGAACUUCCUGGUCUCGUGGGAUCGAGCAUCGUGUUUGAGAUGUUCCAGGAACAAUGUGGUGUCGCAGCAGAGACCAACCAGGCAAAGAUAUUGAAUGGAGUGGUAUUACAUUUUGCCGACUUGUUACUGAAACGACAGGGCGAUUGGAGUGCGCUGUUGACAUCUGAAGUUGAGAGAUGGAUAGAGCACACUGAUGAGAUUCCAGACGGACUGAUCGAGUACAUUGUCGCGUUGGCCAAUGAUCAGAUCAGAGGAUUUGAAUACACUGAGGAUGUGCUCAACAGAAUGCUUCCCCUAGUGUCCAAAAAGUAUCAAGAAUCUAUGCAAGAGUCAUUGGACAAAGUCAUGGAUGGCUAUGCCUCAAUGGGACGAGAGUGUGUUACCGGUCUCACCAGCAUCAUGUUUUCUGAUAUCAAAAACAUAUUUCCACUUCUGUUCAAUAAGGACUGGUAUGAUCACGGUCGUGAAUGGAUGACUCAAUUGAUUGAUACUUUUGACGAUUACUUGGCCGACUUCCAGCACAGUUUGAACGAAACUCCAUACCAAGUGCUGCUGGAGUUGUUGAUACCGCAGUUACUGCUCAAGUACUUGGCUCCCCUCGGCUACGGAAACAACUUCAACAUGAAGAAAGUAUAUGGUUACUUCCAAGAAGAUGCUGCAUCUUUGGUGAACUUGUUUGCGAAGUAUGUGAAUGGUGACGAGGUGUUGAUGCAACAAUUUGAGAUCUUGAACAUAACACUGGAUCUGAUCCAGCUGAAGGAAGAUCAAGAGAUUGUGAGUGCCUGGAGGGACAGGUAUUUACCCAUCUUCAACGAUUUACCCACAGAGUUCCUGAGGACUGUGCUAUCGUGUCGCAAAGAUAUCAGUUCGUCUAGGAUGAAAUUUAUCAUUGGAGAGUGUGAGUUCCUGAAUCAGGAAUACGAGAGGACAACCGAGGAGUUUGUUCCUUCGUUCAUGGCUAACUUUGUGGCCGAUACCAAGGAUAAAAAACGGUCGUGA